AUGGCCCGGUCCUUCGUGUGCUUGGCGGCGGUCGCGUGCUCUUGCCUCGCGGUGCUUGUGCUCCCGGCGCAGGGCCGUGCUGGUCUUGGUCUAGCUGCUGGAUUCCGGGGCAAGGAUCAUCUGCUCUCCGAGCCUCAGUUUCAUGUCACAGAGCAGGAGGAGGAGCAGCGUGGCGUGACGAUGAAGGCGAGGCCUUCUUGGUCAUCGUCGGCGGCGGGGUGGGUGAGGCCGGAGCUGCGAUCGGUGCCGGCCGGGCCGGACCCGAUGCACCACCACGGCAGCCCGAGGCGGCCGGAGCAGGAGCGCGCCACCCCGUGA